AUUAUAGCCCUUACAUUGUAAAUGAUGACUUUAUGAGGAUGGACUACAACCGGAGACCAUGGGAUUAUCCUUCUGUUAUGAAUAUACAAGAACCGCCAGUUGUAGAAAUGCCUUCGGAAGAGAUCCAAGCCCCCAGUAUGGAGGCAAACCCAACGCCCAGUAUGGAGGCCAUCCCAGAAGAAUCUCAAACCUCUGCAGACAACAUUAAUCAGCAAGAUUCUGGUGGUACUCAGGCUGUUUGGGAAGAUAAUAUUGAUCCUGACAACAUGACUUAUGAGGAAUUACUUGAGUUGGGCGAAGCAGUGGGGACUGAAAACGGGGACUUUCACAAGAACUUAUUGAUUUACUUCCGACCUCAAAGUACAAAUCUGGGGAAUUUUCUCCAAAAAAAGAUCUACUGA